AUGUUCAAGAAUGCAGAGUAUUCACGUUGUCGAAUAUGUCUUGAUAAUCUUAUUAACGGUCAAACACAUGUAUGUUCGAAUACAGUCCGAUGUGCUCAGUGUGAUGGAAAUUAUCAUUCGUUAUCUAGUGAAUGUGAAAAAGUAAUUGAAUAUCGAUCUAAUCUAAAAGAACAAGUUGAAAAUGCAUUAUCAGCAGGCAAACUACAACGUUUAGUACCUCAAGAUCAUGUUCAACCAACGGAAUUUCGGCUGAAGCAAAACGAAUUCCCGUCACUACCAUCACUAAUGUCUUGCACUUCUCCAUGGAAAAAAACUUCAGCACAAUCAGCAGUAACAAACAAUAUAAAUGGAAUCGAAGAUACAACGAAAAUAUUGCUCUCGAUAAAUCAAAACAUUUUAGAUAUGAAAGAUCCCAUGUCGUGA